CUGAAGAUCAGCACGCAUGGUCUGCUUGCUCCCGAUCAGCGACCAUUCAAAUAGAAACAAAUACACAUGGCACCGGUAAUGCACAGAUGAUAAUAAAAAGAACAACUUAAUGUGAAAUAGUCUUCUUUGAACCACUGACCUGUCCAUCGCCGCGUCGUCAUGCGGCCGCCGUGCGUCGUUACUCCGCGCCUGCCGCAGCCACCGCGCAUGUCUGCAAUACAAAUCAUAUCGUGCAGAGACAACAACAAAACACAGAUGAAGAUGAGGAACGGGGUUCGGCUGGAAGCAGUCCGAGAGCUGGCCCGUCAAUACCCGGUGUUUUGCUUUCUGCUGGUGAUCCUGCUACUGUCAACAGUCCUGCUGAACAGAUAUCUUCACAUACUAAUGGUGUUUUGGUCGUUUCUGGCUGGAGUGGUGACGUUUUACUGUUCUCUGGGACCCGAGUCGCUUCUGCCCAACGUCCUUACGUCCAUUAGGCCAAAAAUCAAGUCGUACCAACAGGAGCUCUUCCCCCUGGGUCACAGUUGUGCUGUGUGUGGAAAAAUCAAAUGCAAAAGGCACAGACCCACUCUGCUGCUGGAGAACUACCAGCCCUGGCUGGACCUGCAGGUCCCCUCCAAGGUGGACGUCUCCCUUUCAGAGAUUCUGGAACUGGUUCUGGAGAACUUUGUAUAUCCCUGGUACAGAGACAUCACAGACGACGAGGCCUUCGUGGACCAGCUGCGCGUGACGCUGCGUUUCUUUGCCGCCGUGUUGGUCCGCCGAACCCAGAAGGUGGACGUGGCUGCCCUGAUCACACGCAAGCUGCUGAAGGUCUCCAUGAAGCACAUCGAGGUCAUUAGCAAGGCCAGGCAGAAAGUGAAGAACGCUGAGUUCCUGCAGCAGGCGGCGCUGGAGGAGUACGGCCCGGACCUCCACAUGGCACUCCGCAGCCGCCGGGACGAGCUGCUGUACCUCAGGAACCUCACAGAGAUCCUCUUCCCCUACAUCCUGCCCCCCAAGGCGCUGGACUGCAGAUCUCUCACCCUCCUGAUAAGGGAAGUGCUGGCUGGUUCUGUGUUCCUUCCUUCCAUGGACUAUUUGGCUGAUCCCGACACAGUGAAUCAUUUAAUCUUGCUGUUAAUCGACAACUCUCCCCCCGCAGAGCCUACAGAACCAACAUCAGCUCUGGUUCCUUUCCUGCAACGCUACUCCGACCCACGCAACAAGAAGUCCUCGGUUCUGAAGCUGGAGCUGAAGGAGAUCCGGGAGCAGCAGGACCUCCUGUUCCGCUUCAUGAACUUCCUGAAGCAGGAGGGGGCCGUCCACGUUCUGCAGUUCUGCCUCACUGUCGAGGAGUUCAACGAUCAGAUCCUGAGCCCCGAGCUGACAGACGCUCAGAAGGUGCUGCUGCACGAGGAGGUGAGGAAGAUCUACACAACCUACUGCCUGGAGGAGAGCCUGGACAAGAUCCGCUUCCACUCCUUCAUCGUGGAGGAGAUACGCAACAUUGCAGAAGGCCCAUACGGAGAGGUGGUGAAGCUACAGACCAUGAGGUGUUUGUUUGAGGCCUACGAGCACGUCCUGUCUCUCCUGGAGAACGUGUUCACGCCCAUGUUCUGUCAUAGUGACGAGUACUUCCGGCAGCUUCUCAGAGGAGCGGAGUCUCCAGCCAGGAACUCGCGGAUGAGCAGAAAUAGCCUCAGUCUGGAUGACAUCCGCUCCUGGGACUGGAGCCCCGAGUCCCCCUCCUUCUCCUCCUCUCUUUUCACCGCCUCUGGCAGCUCGUCCCCCGCAUCACUCAACCCCCUCCAUGCCACCUUCACCACCUCCCCAUACGGCCCACUCACCCACCGCCACACCUCCCCCAAGAACACGUCCAAACGGGGCGAGUCGUUUGGAAUCAGCAAGAUCGGCAGCAAGAUCAAAGGAGUGUUCAAGAGCACCACGAUGGAGGGGGCCAUGCUGCCCUCCUACGGCCCUGUGGAGGGGGAGGAAGACAUGGUGGAGGAGGCCAUGAUGGUGCUGGAGGACGACUCCCCCGUGGAGGCGGUCACCACGCCCAGCACCCCCCGGAACCUGUCGGCCUGGAGCCUCAGCAUCCCCUACGUGGACUUCUACGAAGACGAGGUCAAGCGCGAGCGGGUGCCCGUGUUCUGCAUCGACGUGGAGCGCAGCGACCGCAAGGCCGUGGGCCAUGAGACAGAGAGCUGGUCUGUGUACAGGAGGUAUCUGGAGUUCUACGUUCUGGAGUCCAAGCUCACAGAGUUCCACGGGUCGUUCCCCGAUGCCACGCUGCCCUCCAAGAGGAUCAUCGGCCCCAAGAACUACGAGUUCCUCACCUCCAAGCGGGAGGACUUCCAGGAGUAUCUUCAGAAGCUCCUGCAGCACCCGGAGCUGAUCAACAGCCAGCUGCUGGCCGACUUCCUUUCCCCUCACAGCAUGGAGUCCCAGUUCCUGGACAAGAUGUUACCGGACGUCAACCUGGGUAAAAUCAUAAAGUCAGUGCCAAGCAAGCUGAUAAAGGAGAAGGGGCAGCACCUGGAGCCCUUCAUCCAGGCCUUCUUCAACUCCUGUGAAGCUCCCAAACCCAAACCCAGCCGACCAGAGCUCACCAUCCUCAGCCCCACCUCCGAGAACGACAAGAAGCUGUUCACCGACGUCUUCAAGAACAACGCCAGUCGCUCGGAGGCGGCGGAGAAGAGACACAACCAGAACUACUUCAUGGAGAUGAUCACGGUGGAGGGCGUGUAUGACUACCUCAUGUAUGUAGGGCGUGUGGUGUUCCACAUCCCUGAUUGGCUGCACCACCUGCUGAUGGGCGGUCGAAUCCUGGUGAAGAACACGCUGGAGGCGUAUGUGGACCACUGGCUGGGGGCCCGGCUGGGCCGCGUGGUGCAGGAGCAGCCGCUGGUCUCCCUCAUCACACUGCUCAGAGAUUCGGUUUUCUGUGAGGCCAGCCAGCCCAGGCCUGCUCAGGACAAGAAGAUGCGGUCCAAGCAGGCCUUUGAGGAGAUGAUGCUCUUCAUCCCAGAUUUCUUUACCAAAUGCAUCGGAGAGGAAGCCAAGUACAACGGGGUGCGUCUGCUGUACGACGGACUGCAGCAGCCCGUCCUAAACAAACAGCUGACGUAUGUGCUGCUGGAUAUCGCCAUUCUGGAACUGUUUCCUGAACUCAACAAGCCGGUUCAGAAGGAGGGGGGGGCUCCUCCUUGGAUGUAGAGGAGGAGAGCGGCGCUGAAUCGCUAUGGAAACCAAGAAUACUGUAUAGGAGGAGGGCAGCGCUGUGCCGCUAUUGAAACCAAGGGUACUGUACACGAGACUCUGUUCUGUCUAGGGGGGAAACGGCCAUGGUUAUUAUUUAUUGAUUCAUAUUUAUUGUUGCAUGUGCAAUGUUGUGUAAAUAAAUACAUGUGGAGAUAGCUGAUUAGAGCAGGCCUACAUAGGCCUACCCUUACCCCCCAUAGGCUGCCCCUAACCCUACCUAGGCCUACCCCAACCCUACAUAGACAUAUGUUCGGGUUUCGGGUUAUUGCCUUAUUUAUUACUGCACCUGGUUCUCUUGGAUGGUUCCUAUUGUACAGUCAAUACAUGGGAUUGAAUCGUCUCAUUAUUUUUUUACAUUUGUCAAUGUCUAACGUGAAGUUGAUUAAACGAUUCCAGUUUA